GAUUCAUUGAUCUGCUGGUUAUGUUGCAGUUUUUUCUUCAGGAUUUAAGGUGAAUAAAACGAUACAGCACGUUCAAAAGUGCUUCAGAGCUUUACAGAUGUGUUCCAAACAAAAUGUUAUGGACAUCAUUUUGCUGUAGUCCAGUCGUCGCUACAACACAGUGAUUGUGAAGUCCCCCUCGAAGCAAUUCACCAAUAAAUGCUCUGAAUAUUCCUGUCAUCUUUGAAUUGAAGAAGAGUUUCCAGAAGUGCAGGACAAACUUUUAGUGUGUCAACAAUUUCUGACACACUACUGCAAAGAUGGAUUUUAUUAAAGAGGAGAGAGAGGACAUGGGUUAUCCAGAACCACACAGAGUGAAAAAUGAUGAAACUGAGGAACAAAUAGACUUGAUGCAAGUGAAAGAGGAAAGUAAAGAACUGGAUGAAAUGGAGGAGAAACAUCAGUACUGGACACCUAAUAAUUCAGAAAAAUAUUCCUCACAAAAAAGAAGUCAAAAGGCUAAAGGCAAAGGAUCUUUAACCUGCCUUCAGUAUAAAAUGGGUAUCACACAAAAAGGACAACUUAAGAAUCACAUGAGAAUUCACACUGGAGAGAGGCCUUUCAUAUGCCUUCAGUGUGGAAAGAGUUUCACACAAAAAGAACACCUUAAUAAUCACACGAGUAUUCACACUGGAGAGAAGCCUUUCCUAUGCCUUCAGUGUGGAAAGAGUUUCACUUGUGCAGACAGCCUUAAGAAGCACAAAUUAACUCACUCUGAAGAGAAGCCUUUCCAGUGCCCUAUUUGUGAAAAGAGUUACUGUUGUAAUCGAGACCUUAAGAGGCACAUAACCACUCACUCCGGAGAGAAGCCUUUUACAUGCCAUGAGUGUGGAAAGAGUUUCACUUGCGCAUACAGCCUUAAGAAGCACAAACUAACUCACUCUGGAGAGAGGCCUUUCCAGUGCCCUAUGUGUGAAAAGAGUUACUGUUGUAAUCAAGACCUUAAGAAGCACAUAACCACUCACUCUAGAAAGAAGCAUUUCAUAUGCCUUCAGUGUGGAAAGAGUUUCAAAUGUAAAGCUUAUCUUAAUUGUCAUGCAAAGAUUCACACUGAAGAUAAGCCUUUCACAUGCCUUCAGUGUGGAACGAGAUUCAAACACAAAGCAAACCUUAAUAGGCACAUGGGAAUUCACACUGGUGAGAAGCCAUACACAUGCCUUCAGUGUGGAAAUAGUUUCACACGUAAAGGUGACCUUACUGUUCACAGGAGAAUUCACACUGGUGAGAUGCCAUACACAUGCCUUCACUGCAAAAAGAGUUUUAAUCGUAAUCAUCAUUUAAAGCGUCAUGCAAGGAUUCACACUGAAGAGAAGCCUUUCAUGAGCCUCAAGUGUGGAAACACUGAAGAUAAGCUUUUCACAUGCCUCCAGUGUGGAACGAGAUUCAAACACAAAGCAAACCUUAAUAGACACAUGGGAAUUCACACUGGUGAGAAGCCAUACACAUGCCUUCAGUGUGGAAAUAGUUUUACACGUAAAGGUGACCUUACUGUUCACAGGAGAAUUCACACUGGUGAGAUGCCAUACACAUGCCUUCAUUGCAAAAAGAGUUUUAAUCGUAAUCAUCAUUUAAAGCGUCAUGCAAGGAUUCACACUGAAGAGAAGCCUUUCAUGAGCCUCAAGUGUGGAAACACUGAAGAUAAGCCUUUCACAUGCCUCCAGUGUGGAACGAGAUUCAAACACAAAGCAAACCUUAAUAGGCACAUGGGAAUUCACACUGGUGAGAAGCCAUACACAUGCCUUCAGUGUGGAAAUAGUUUCACACGUAAAGGUGACCUUACUGUUCACAGGAGAAUUCACACUGGUGAGAUGCCGUAUACAUGCCUUCAUUGCAAUAAGAGUUUUAAUCGUAAUCAUCAUUUAAAGCGUCAUGCAAGGAUUCACACUGAAGAGAAGCCUUUCAUGAGCCUCAAGUGUGGAAACACUGAAGAUAAGCCUUUCACAUGCCUCCAGUGUGGAACGAGAUUCAAACACAAAGCAAACCUUAAUAGGCACAUGGGAAUUCACACUGGUGAGAAGCCAUACACAUGCCUUCAGUGUGGAAAUAGUUUCACUCGUAAAGGUGACCUUACUGUUCACAGGAGAAUUCACACUGGUGAGAUGCCAUACACAUGCCUUCACUGCAAAAAGAGUUUUAAUCGUAGUCAUCAUUUAAAGCGUCAUGCAAGGAUUCACACUGAAGAGAAGCCUUUCAUGGGCCUAAAGUGUGGAAAGAGUGUGUCAUGUUCAAAAACUCUCAAAUGUCAUCUGCACUCUCUACACACUGGAGUAAAGUCGUUAGACUGUGAUCAGUGUGGGAAAAAGUUUUGACAUCACAUGUAAAUGAAGGUCAAAACUCAUUGAAGAUGCACCAAAGAAUUCACCCUGGAGAAAAACCUUACAAGUGUUCACUGUGUGGAAAGAGCUUCAGUCGGCCAGGAGCCCUGAAAGUACACGAGAGAGUGCAUACUGGAGAGAAGCCAUUCCACUGCCAUGCAUAUGGAAAUAGCUUUAGCCAAUCAGGUCAUUGACUGGUUCAUUAAAAAAGGUGACAUGAAAAUUGUCACAGUAUGAAAAAAAAAAAAAAGUCCAAAUAUAGAAUUCAAAGAUAAAAUCCAGUCAGUGUACAAUGAUGACAUACUGUAUAUUGAUGGCCAAGCAACCAAUGCAUAGGCUAUUCCUAGAUAUAUAGUACUAUGUAUUAUUUUUAAAUCUGACUGACGUUAAUUUGUCACACAUUCAGUAGGGAAUUCACUAAGAAUUAAUUGCACCCACUGAAAGUGUUGUUUAUUUACACAUUCUUUCUAUGCUGAUUUAGCAUCUGAUUCAUUAAAGAAAUUUUGCAAAUCAAACAACAGAUCAAACUUGCCGGUCGGUUUAGUUUGCUAGGCUAUGGAGGAUGCCGAUGAUUACCGCAGUCUGACUUGCUCUGCCGGCCAGGACUUUACAGAAUGAGUCAUGACAGUUUUGCAGACACCUGAAUUGGCUCUUUAAAAGGUUUUACUUUAUCAUUCAAUCUGCCAUGAUCAACAGAAACUUCACACAAACAGUGUGUCUUUGCUUACCUGGUCUAGGUGCUCCUGAGUGGCACAGCUGCCUUCUAGAUGUUUGUGUGCUUAAGAAAAUGCUAGACAAAGAGAACAGAAUGCAGGUGUCUUGAGACGCAUUACACCACGUGUAAUAAAAUGGCUUUUAUAACGUUAUAUGACUGGUGUUUUUAUCUAAUGUGAGUGUGCAUGAUUUUAUACAUAAAGUAUGUUUCCAAAUUACUAUUAAUUUCUUUUGAAGUAAAACUUUCAAAAGUAGUGCACCUUUAAAUUGAUUAAAUAAAAUAAUUUUCCCAGAGUUGGAUUAUUCGGGCACCACCCAUUUAAAUGUCUUAAAUAUUGAGUUACACCCUCCAGAUUUGAGUGGAAUGAUAAUGUAUUUUACCGGUGACGAUAGUAUUUCACAAGCCAAAUUACAGUUCGAAUUUGGGGUCCUCAUCUGAUAUGAAAAAUGAAUAAGAUUUUAUAUUAGAUAUUAUAUAAGAUGGAAUAUGUCUAUAAAUAGUAAUUGUAAUAA